AUGGCUGCCAUUCUUUCCCUCGACCUGUCUACUGCAGCUAUUUGCACGGCCGUCUAUCUGUUAAGUUGCCUUUUGUGGCGACGAUAUCACUCCCCGCUGAGCGACAUUCCGGGUCCUUUCCUUGCAUCGUGCACCCGGCUGUGGCACAUCAUCCGCAUAUUCACCGGCGAUAUUAACGUUCGAAGUAUAAGCGAGCAUGAGCAUCAUGGACCGUUCAUCCGCAUCGCCCACGACGAAGUCAGCGUCUGCCAUCCCGACGCCAUCCGCGGCGUACUGUUGAAUCCAAUCCCAAAGGCACCAUGGUACAAAGUCCUGGCCCUGCCAGACCGGCGCUUCCAAACCCCCAUGUCCGAAACCGAUCCCAAGCGCCGAGUCGAGCGAGCCAAAAAUGUCGCGUCUGCGUAUACUCUGUCCAACCUGAUAAAGUCCGAGCCGUACAUGGACGCCAUGAUUCAACUGAUGCUAUCCAAAUUCGAUCAGUUCGCUGAGAAACAAGACCCCGUUGAGCUGGACUACUGGUUCAACUUCCUUGCCUUCGACAUCAUCGGCGAGGUCGUCUUCUCAGAGAGCUUUGGGUUCCUGGAGAGUGGAAAAGAUCUCGGGGGCUCGAUAGGCAAUUCGCGCGCACUGAAUGCGUAUAUCGCUGCAGCUGGGUACUUCCAGUGGUUGCAUAAUCUGACCUUGGGCAAUGCACUGCUGUCGAAAUAUAACCUGAUGCCGAACAACCAUCUCUUCGAUACGACCAUGGCUGCCCUGCAGCGUCGCCAGGCGAACCCCAGCCCGCGCAACGAUAUGAUCGAACACUGGAAGAAGACAUUAGAACAGCAUCCUGAGCGCAUGACGAUAACUGACUUACAGGCUACGGCCACGGGCACUGUCGGCGCUGGAGCGGACACCAUUAGCGGUGCCUUGCAGUCAUUUGUGUACCAUAUGCUUCGGAAGCCAGAGCACCUCGAGACCCUCCGUGCAGAAAUUGCCAACGAGAGAGCACAAGGGCGCUGUAACGACCCCGUUGUAUCCUACGCCCACGCCCAGAACAUGGAGUACCUACAGGCCUGUAUCAAAGAGUCACUCCGUAUUUUCGGUCCAGUCCCAUUCGGUCUCGCGCGGUUGGCACCGAAGGGCGGUCUUACAAUCGGGGAUCGCUUCUUUCCGGAAGGAACAAAGCUGAGCGUCAACCCCUGGGUCAUCCACCAUUCCACGGAAUUCUUCGGACCCGAUGCGAAAGAAUACAACCCAGGCCGAUGGAUUGGACCCCAAGCAAAAGCUAUCGAGAAGUACUUUAUGCCGUUCGGUGCUGGAUAUAACUCUUGUCCUGGCCGCAACCUGGCGACCAUUGAACUCUCCAAGGUCAUCGCGACCCUUGUUCGGGAUUAUGAUAUUCGCCAGCAAAAUCCGAACCAGAGCUGGAGUUAUAUGGCUUAUUUCACGGCAGUUCCAUACGGGUGGCCGUGCUAUGUAUCCAAAGCAAAAGGGGGGCUGCGCUAG